AUGAAGUACACCGCUGCUGUUGCUGCCCUCGCGGGUCUCUCUGCCGCUGCUCCCACGAAGCGCAUGUCCGCGCCCACCGACGCCGACAUCCUCCAGUAUGCUCUGACCCUCGAGCACCUUGAGAAUGCCUUCUACAAGGAGGGUCUGUCCAACUACACCGAGGCCGACUUCAAGGCCGCCGGCUACGACUCGACCUUCUACAACAACAUCAAGACGGUCGGCUCUGACGAGUCCUCCCACGUCGACUUCCUGACCAAGGGCCUGACCGCCGCCGGCGCCACCCCCGUCGAGCCCUGCACCUACGCCUUCGGCGCCACGGACGUCAAGACCUUCCUUGCCACCGCCGCCAUCCUUGAGGGCGUCGGUGUAUCCGCCUACCUCGGCGCCGCCGCGGACAUCAUGUCCAAGACGUACCUGACGGCCGCCGGUUCCAUCCUGACGGUCGAGGCGCGCCACGCGUCGUACAUCCGCGGCGAGAUCAAGCAGUCGCCGUUCCCGCAGGCCUUCGACGACCCGCUCUCGCUCAACGAGGUCUACACCCUGGCCGCGCAGUUCAUCACCUCGUGCCCGACCGACAACGCGCCGCUGCCCGUCAAGGCCUUCCCCACCCUCGUCGCCAGCUCCGAGGACGCCACCAUCAAGAAGGGCAGCACCGUCAUGCUGAGCACUCCCGGCUACGAGGUCAAGGCCGCCGACGGCGUGCAGAUCUACGGCGCCUUCAUCACCGUGACUGGCCCCGUCGUUGUCGAGGCCAAGAGCGUGGAUGGCGGUUUCACUGUCGAGGUGCCCGAGGGUGUCAACGGCCAGAGCUAUGUCGUCCUGACUGGCUGCAAGGACGCCGUUACGGAUGAUACCGUUGCGGCGGGCCCGGCUAUCGUUGAGAUCACCAACUAG